AUGGGUAUUUCUGGACUUUUACCAGCUUUAUCACCAGUAACUAAAGCUAUUCAUGUAAAAGACUAUGCAGGAAAAAGAGUUGCUAUUGAUGGGUACAGUUGGCUUCACAAAGGUGCAUAUUCAUGCAGCCAAGAGUUGGUUUUAGGUAUACCAACUAAUGGUUACAUAAAUUAUUUUCUCAAUCGUAUAAAAAUGCUGCAGAAUUAUAAAGUUAUACCCGUGGUAAUAUUCGAUGGAGGUCCAUUACCAAAUAAAAAAGGAAAAGAACAAGAGAGAUUUCAACACAGAGAAGAAUAUAAAAGCAAAGGAAAAGCAUUUCUUUUGGAGGGAAAUAAAUCUCAAGCUAAUAUAUGUUUUCAAAAAGCAGUUGAUAUUACACCAAGAUUGGCAUUUAAUUUAAUAAAAGAAUUAAGAAAGCACAAAAUUGAAUAUUUAGUUGCACCCUAUGAAGCCGAUGCACAACUUACAUUUCUUUCUAUAACUGGUCAAGUUGAUGCAAUAAUUACAGAGGAUUCAGAUUUAGUUGCAUAUGGUGCCUCAAAUUUAAUAUUAAAAAUGGAUAAAGAUGGUUACGCUCAAGAAAUAAAAACUGAAGAUUUAGGUUCAUGUAAAAAAGAUGGAUACGACUUUAUAGAUUUUACACAAACAAUGUUAAGACAAAUGUGCAUUUUAUCGGGCUGCGAUUAUCUUCCAUCUUUACCUGGUAUGGGGUUAAAAACAUCAUUCAAACUUUUAAAACAACACAGAGAUAUAGAAAAGGUAUUCAAGUAUUUAAAAAGAGAGAAACCUGGUUUUACUAAAGAAUACGAGCAGCAAUUUUAUAAAGCAGAUUUUACAUUCAGACACCAAAGGGUUUACGACCCAGUAACAAAAUCAAUAACGACUCUUUUUCCUUUAGAUAAAGAUUAUCCUGAAGAUGAAAUUGAUUUUAUUGGUCCACUAAUCGAAGAUAGCAUUGCUGAAAGGAUUGCCUUAGGAAUUAUCGAUCCAGAGACUUUAAUUGAAUUUGAACCAAAUGAAAAAGCCCCAGAAUUUACUUUUACUGCCCAACCAAAGAGAAGUUUAUCAUCUUUUACAUUUAAUAUGGAGUUUAAAAAUACAGGUGUAAAUUAUAGUAAUGACGAUAAAAUAAUUUUAAAUGGGGGCAAAAUGGUAAAGAAAACAAGAAAUUUAAAUAAUCAAUUUACAUUUAAAUCAAACCAAAUCACAGCAUAUUUUAAUAAAUCUGAAAAUGGAAUUAGCAAUAAAAUAAUUGAAGAGGAUAUAGAAGAGCAGAUUUUUAAUGACAGCGACCAAGAAGGAAACCAACAACAAAUUGUAAAUAGUAAAAAAGAUGACUUUGUCUUGGAUAGUGAUUAUGAAGAUGGCCCAGAGGAGAAGGAUGAUGAAUAUAUUGUAAAUAAUAAUGAUAAAAGUCAAAAUGUUGAUCAAAAAGAUGAAGUUAAGUCAUCAUCAUUUAUGGCAUCAACAACAACAACAACAACAAUAAAAAAGAAAAAAACUUUAGUUACAAGUAAAUUUUUUACCCCAACCGUUCCAGAGUCCGAUGAUGAGGAUGGUCCAGAGAGUAAAGAUCAAACAACACAACCAUAUGUAGAAGAAAGUGAUGACUCGUUUGAUUAUCAAUUAUCAAAUAAAAUAUAUCUUAAUAAAAAUUUAAAUGAUAAAUCAACAUUAAUAGGCAGUAAAGAUAGAAUUAGUAUGAACUUUUUUGAUCAAUUUCAAUUUAAUGGUAAAAAAAAAGAAAGUACUUUGAUGAAUUCAACAAAGAAAUCAUUAUCUUAUCCAUCUCUUUCAAAUGAUAAUAGCAAUAAUAACCAAGAUGAUAAUUGCGAUAGCAGCAGUUCCAAUAGUGGUAAUAGUGGAAAUAGUAGUAGUAGCAGCCAAAAUGAAGAUAAUUUUAAUAGUAACGGGGGUGGUUUUAAAAAUUUUUUAAAAAGAAAAAGUUCAUCACAAACAUCAUUCACCUCACCAACUACACCUACAACAGCAUUUCCAAAUUCACCAACAUUUAUUUCAAAUACUACUGAACACUCUAGCUUUUUAUUAAAGAAACAAAAAUAUCAUAUGAAUAAUUCAACAAUUUCUUCACCUUCAUCACAUUAUUUCAACAACAAUACCAAUACAUCAUCACCACCAUCAUUGGAUAUCUCACAAAAUAUUAAUGACCAAUCAUUCAUAACUAAAAAAUCCCAUAGUUUUUCUUCACUAAAUAGCGAUUUAAUAUUUGAAGAGGAUGACGACGAUUUUAAUAGUAAUAAUAAAAUAAAUAAUAAUAAUAAUAAUAAUAAUAAUAAUAAUAAUAAUAAUAAUAAUAAUAAUAACUGUAAUAACAACUUGGUCAGUAAUAUAACAAAUAAUACUACUAUAUCAACACCUAAACAUGCAAAUAGUUUCAAGAGUUUCUCUUCAUUAACACCAACAAAUAAUAAUGGUAAUAAUUUUAAUUAUGUUUAUUUUACACCCCCAUCAAACAAUAGUAGUAAUUCAUCAACACCCACACCACCAUCAAAUGGUAACCAACUAACACCAACAUCUUCAACAUCUCCAUCCUCAACUAAAUCAUCUCCAUCAUCCUCAAAUGAUAUAUUUUCCAAAUACUUUUUUUCUCCUGCCAGCAAAACAAAUACUUUUGAUAACAGCUCAUUAUCAUUUAAAUCAAGACUUAGUUUAAGGUAUCAACAAUCAAUAGCACCCAACCCCUCUGCACCAACUGCAACAAAUACGACCACAGACAAUAACAAUAUUUAA